GUAAAGCCAAUGAACGCAAAGAGAGGAAAGCCAGCAAAAGCAAAGAGAGGAACCAACGAACGCAAAGGAGGUAAAGCCACUGAAUUCGAAAAGUUAUUACGUCGUAAUGACAUAUUAUUGCAUCGUAAUGACAUUGUAAGACAUUGUACGUAA